CUCGCAUCCCUUUAGUAAAAGAAACCGGAAAGAUUCAUUUCCCCCUUUUACUUUCCCUCGUUCUUAUCUCAAAAGAACUCUCACACCUUUCAACUUACUUCCCACGUGUCUACAUAUAAUUGGUGUACUGCCUACAGCCUACAUAGUCCCUUCCGCAUUGGAUCUGAACUCCAUAUAAACUAGUACUAUUAAUUUACAGCCCACGUCAAUCCACUAUAAAUGAAACCAACUUUCUAAUUCCAAUACAAACUUAUCCUGGAAAACGAAAUCACUCCCAGCUUCCUAGAUCAACACACACUCACACUCGGUGUGUCUCAGGUGAUCAAGGAAGCAUGGGGUCAUGGAAUUCAACAGGAAUGGAGGUUUUGUCCAGUGUAUUGGGAUGGAUUGCAUUCUGUGCUUGGUCUAUCAGCUUCUAUCCACAAGUCAUAUUGAAUUUCAAAAGGAAAAGUGUGAUAGGGCUGAAUUUCGAUUUCGUGGUGCUCAAUCUGACUAAGCAUUCAUCUUAUCUGAUAUACAACGCCUCCGUCUUCUUUAGCUCGGCGGUUCAACGUCAGUAUCGCCAGAAAUAUGGCCUCGAUGAGAUGAUACCUGUAGCAGCAAAUGAUGUUGCCUUCUCCAUUCAUGCAGUUGUUCUAACUGCAUUUACCUUAUUCCAGAUAGCCAUAUAUGAUCGUGGAGGUCAGAAGGUCUCCAAGACUAGUAUUUUAAUACUCUCAGUAGCCUGGUUAACUGUUAUCAUCUGUGUGUUCAUAGCUAUACCUAGUCAUUCAUGGCUUUGGUUGGUGUCUUGCUUUAGCACAUUACAGGUUGUCAUGACAGUGAUCAAGUACAUACCCCAAGCAGUUAUGAACUUCCAAAGAAAGAGUACAGUUGGGUUUAGCAUUGGGAACAUUUUGCUUGAUCUGGUUGGAGGAUUAGCAAAUUAUGGGCAAAUGACUGUCCAAUCUAUAGAUCAACAUUCAUGGGUAAACUUUUAUGGGAAUAUAGGCAAGACAUUGCUCUCUUUGGUGUCUAUUUUCUUUGACAUCGUGUUUAUCUUGCAACAUUAUGUGAUUUACCCUGCCCACAAGAUUGUGAAAUCUGAAAGUCCAGGCAUGGAUAAUGUAUAAACAGACAAUUGAAGCUUGUAAAAAGCUUCAAAUAUGCCAUCCAUGUAUGGAUAUAUGAUGAUCUUUAUACCCAUGGGUUCCAUCCUAAAUUUAAUAGUUUUUAGUGAAAAGUAUUAAAAAAUUUAGGUUAGUUUUGUAAUAUUUAAAUACUCAGUUUAUCGAUAAUUCAGAAAAUACGGAAAAGGCCCUCAAUGUAUUUUGUGUGUGUGUGUGUGUGUGGUGUGAAGAUGGGAAAAGCAGCAAAUGAAUAUGACCAAAAGCAAC